AUAGGAUGAAUGGAUAUUGUGGCGAGCAGCAUCUGAUUACACAGACACGCCAGUAGGCAUCGGAGGGGGGAAGACACUGUUUAUCCACCAGCCGAAACUGUUCCUCAGUCCCCUCCGAAGAAGAAACACUUUUUAUUUUUUUAAAUUUCACUCCGGAACUUUACUUUUUAACCGAGGAGAGAAACCCCGAAGCCACGGUUAUCUAGUGGUACAUUUUUCGGAUCUUCCCACCGUAAAAAUGGCUGAGGGGGGACCGACGGGUGACUGCGGAGUAAACUUGAAAGAUGUCGCAGUUUGUGGAGGUUUGAAAGAGGACUAGCUAAACGUUGUGUUUUUUAACGAGGAAAUCCAUCAGGAGAGGCGGUCAGACCCGGAGAAGAGAGCGGCUGCAGCUCCGAGAGGAUUUUGGUUUGCUCCUCGGAGAGAAACAGGCCCGCGGAGACAAAGACUGUCUUCUGUUUGGACGUCUGUCCAUCUAUAUAUUCAUCUCUGAUAAGUCUUUUCUGUAGCCGCAACCAUUCUGUGCUGUAAGGCCAACCCCAAUAUGUCUUCCAAUGGAGACCUCAGCGACCUGGGGAGCUCGGACAGCUUCUGGGAGCCUGGAAACUACAAAAGGACAGUGAAGCGGAUAGACGAUGGCCACCGGCUGUGUAAUGAAAUAGUCAGUUGCUUCCAGGAGAGGGCAAAGAUAGAGAAGAGUUACUCUCUGCAGCUGAGCGACUGGGCCAAGAGGUGGAGGGGUGUCGUGGAGAAAGGUCCUCAGUAUGGUACGCUGGAGAAAGCGUGGCACGCCUUCAUGCAGGCGGCAGACCGACUCAGUGAGAUGCAUCUGGAGAUGCGGGAACGGCUGGCGGGCGAGGACAGCGAGAAGGUGCGCAUCUGGCAGAAGGAUGCCUUCCACAAGCAGAUGAUCGGAGGCUUCAGGGAGACCAAGGAUGCAGAUGACGGCUUCCGCAAAGCACAGAAACCCUGGGUCCGCAAACUGAAAGAGGUGGAGGUCUGUAAGAAGAGCUACCAUCAGGCCAGGAAGGAGGAGUGGACGGCGUUUACCAGGGAAACGCACGCCAAGGCCGACCCGACCAAGUCGCAGGAGGAAGUCCGCAAAUACACGACCCGGGCGGAGCGCUGCACCGAGGAGGCUGAGAAGGGGAAGGAGCGCUACACGAAGGCCCUGGAGGAGCUGAACCGCUGUAACCCUCGCUACAUGGAGGACAUGGAGCAGGUGUUCGACCUCACCCAGGAGGCCGAGCGCAAGAGGCUACGCUUCUUUAAAGACGUCCUGCAGGACAUCCACACACACCUCGACCUGUCCGUGAAAGAAGGGUUCAAAGGCCUGCACCGAGACCUGGGUCAGACCAUCCAAGCAGCCAAUGACACCGAAGAUCUCAGAUGGUGGAGGAACACCCACGGACCGGGCAUGAGCAUGAACUGGCCACAGUUUGAGGAGUGGUCUCCGGAGGCGAGUCGCUCCAUCAGCAGGAAGGAGCGAGGCGGACAGUCUGAGGACAGCGUGGUCACCCUCACCAACAUCGUCUCCUCGGGUGGAACUGAGGUCCCGCCGAGUCCCAUCACCCUGGACAGCCGGGUGAAAGAUUAUUCGUCGGACUGGUCAGACGAGGAGAUUCCUAAGAAGGGGCUGGCGCAGAACGGCGUGGGGGAGGCGGAGGACGAGGAGGAUCAGGUAGAGGCGGUGCGAGUCAGAGCGCUCUAUGAUUACGUGGGCCAGGAGGCCGAUGAGCUCAGCUUUAAAGCAGGCGAGGAGCUGCUGAAGAUGGGUGAGGAAGAUGAGCAGGGCUGGUGUAAAGGACAGCUGUGCAACGGCAAAGUGGGCCUCUACCCCGCCAACUACGUCCAGGCCGUGGCAUCCUGAUGGCCCGCCCUCUCUGCUGGUCACCCAGCCAACGGUACAACUCCACUCAAGAUGCCAGGACCAAUCAAAAGCUAUUAGUGCUGACAUGUAGACCGUGAACCCAGACCGUUUUUGAACUCGUCACUGAGUUAGAUUUUAUUUAGUUUUUUUUUUUGUUGUUGUUGUUUUGAGCUGCAUUUUUUGGAACUCAGCCAAGUGGGGAAAAGUCCACUGGUUGUGAAAGGCUGUCGACUCAGCAUGAGGUCAACGACAUUGUUGUUUGAAAGAAGCUCUACGGGCGAAGAGAAGUCUGUCGGAGGCCGGCCAACACGAACAGACGCCGUAGAGAAACAUGGAUCCAAGUUCUCUGACGGGACGUUUGAUCAGAAACUCUGGAUUUUUGGUUUUCUGCUCGCUGCCAUCAGUUUCAGUUACUAGUCAGAAAAUCCACAUUUAAUCAAAGAGGACAAAAACCUGGGCGAUGCAGCAGUGAGAGCAACCACGACGGCUGGCUGUGAUUGGCUGAAACAUCUGUCAAUCAAUCACAACUUUUUUUUCUUCUUUUUUUUGGCUUCUUUUUAUUAUAGACAAUUGUUUGACAUUUUGGGAAAUAGGCAUAUUCAUUUUCUUGCAUAGUUGGAUGAGAAGAUGCAUGCAACUCUCAUAUCUCAUAUUAGGGUAAGACUAGCAGCCUCUUAGCUUAGCAUAACGACCGGGAGUUUUACAGACUUUCUUUUGGAGGUAAAAGUCCCAUUGGUUUUGUUUUUUCGCACAGACAACGUUAACGUGAGCUGUUUCCAGUUGUUAUGCUAAGCUAACCUAACCGGCUGUAGCCUUCUAUGAGAUAUGAUAGAGGUUUUGAUCUUCACAUGUAACUCUGGGCAGAGAGAGAGCGAAAGAAAGAAAGAAAUUUGUUUCCCAAAAUGUCAAACUAUUAUUACGAAAGCCUUAGUAUUCUCAUCAUUGAAUAAAAUCAACUUCUUGUGGGGUGAAACAAAUAUUUGAAUAGAUAAUUGGGCACUUUUAUUUCCAGUAGAAGUCAGUGCAGUCUUUGAUCCAGCAUUUAGUGGUUGUUAGAGGAACUGCAGCUGGAUAAAUCGAAAUAUAAUAAUAAUAAAUCUAACAAAAGACUGUCGGUGCCUUAGUCAGCGAGGCCAGAAACGUAGAAACCAGUAGAAUGUCCUGUUACCUUUAAAACCUUUUAACUUCUGAUUGGAUCAUUUAGCUCCACAACGGUAUGCUUCGGUUACUUUGUAGUUUUUAUUUUUUAUUUUAGGUGCAACACUGAAUUAACUUUCUUUCCUUUUAUUGAUUUCUUUUUUUUUUAUGUGAUAGCUGUAUGUUCGUGUUAAGUCAACUGAUUUUGACUAUGGACGGUGUAAACUGCUACCGGUUUCUUUUUUAAGAGUAGCAUUUUUACAGUCGACUUAUGUACUUUCUAAUUUAUUCUUCUCUUUAACUUAGCAAUCAUUCUUCAUGGUUGGGCAGACUCCAGGCGGGGGAGAGUACGGUCGACUGUUUAGAUUUGGGUCAUUUAACCUGCAGAAGGUGGCGUGUUGCUAGUUUUCUGUCGCUGUGCUGUGAUCAUGAAGCAUGCGCACCUCAAACACCUGAAAUAAGUGUCAGCGUUUUAGGUUUUUUGUUUUAAGUUUGCGGUUAGUGUGUGAGGGAGCCUCCUCUGUCUCUGCUGAGCAUCGCUUCAGCUAACCCACGUAUGAAUCUGAAUAAUAAUCUGAGCGAUAAUAGAGAUGAUUAAUACUUCUGUGCUGCUGCUUUUGUUCUUUCCCUUUCUUUCCAGAAUUAUAACAUGUACAGAACAUAAAGUGGGAAGCAACAAUAAAGCACUUUCUGCAGUUG